AUGAGAAUACGAGGGGACUUUGGAAUGCCAGCCACCGAUCCCAAUUCCCAAAACAUUUUUGUCAUAGGUUCAAGAACAAUAAGCUUCACUUCAAUGGCAUCAUUACUUCACAAUACGCGUGAAUUGAAAACAUUUGUGGUGGAUGAAGGCCAUGGUGUUAAGGGACUAUCUGAACUCAAGAUCAAAUCUUUACCUGAAUUAUUCAUUCAACCUGUAGAAAAACGCCUCGAUAUGAGCAAAGUUGUGCCAUAUGAGUCUAUCCCGGUGAUCGAUAUGUCGAAUUCUGACGAUUUAAAGGUAAGGGAAGCAAUAUGUGAUGCAGCUGAAAAGUGGGGAUUCUUCCAAAUUAUUAACCAUGGAGUGCCUCUAAGCAUAAUCGAUAACGUGAAAGAUGCAACACAUAAAUUUUUCAUGUUGCCACCCGAAGAGAAAAAGAAGUAUUUGUUCAAGAAUAGUCCUACCAAAAACGUUAGACUUGUUACGAGUUUCAUUCCUGAAGUGGACACAGUUUUGGAGUGGAAAGAUUACCUAAGUUGUUUCUAUGUUUCCGAUGAUGAGGCCAAUUCAUUUUGGCCAUCAGUUUGCAGGGAUCAAGUUCUAGAAUACUUGAAAAAUUCUGAAUCGCUUAUCAAGAGGCUAUUAGAAGCGUUGAUAAAGAGAUUGGACAUACCAAAACUGGACGAUAAAAACAAAAGCAAUUCUUAUGGGAUCGAUGCGAAUAAACCUAAACUACUACCCUAUGAAACUGGAGGACUUUAUGUUCGUAAACUUGAUAGCGAGAAUUGGGUCCAUGUCCCUCCUAUUAAGGGAUCUUUGACAAUCAAUAUAGGCGAUGCUCUUCAAAUCAUGAGCAAUGGUCUAUACAAGAGCAUAGAACAUCAUGUGGUUGCUAAUGGGAACAAAAAUCGUAUUUCAGUGCCGAUUUUUGUGAACCCGAGGCCAAAUGAUGUCAUUGGGCCAUUACCACAAGUGAUCAAUAGAGGGGAGAAGGCUUUAUAUAAGCAAGUUCUUUAUUCAGAUUAUGUGAAGCAUUUUUACAGGAAAUCACAUAAUGGGAAGGAUACUAUUGAUUUUGCAAAGGUUUGA